AUGGCUGCCACGAAUGCCACGACGCUGCCGCCAAUGGACCCCGAAUGGGCUGCUGAAAGCAACACCACCCAGAUUCUGGUAGUUGUGUCGAUCUUCAACUUUCUGGCUCUCGGAUGCGUUGGAGCAAGAUUAUAUGCCAGGAUAUGGGUCAUCAAGGCGCCUGGGUGGGAUGAUUGGGCUAUGAUACCUGCUGCCAUCUGCUCAGUGGCUGGCGGCUGGGUCAUCUUCAUAAUACAGGCCCAAUAUGGCCUCGGUAAACAUUAUCGAACGAUCGAACCGGCCGAUUACACCAAGUUCCAGCAAGCUGCGUUUUGGUCCGUCAUCAUAUCAUCAGCCGCCGGCAUGAUGUUUCUGAAGCUCUCCAUUGCACUGAACUUGCUCCGCUUGAGUACGCAGAGAUGGUAUCAAUGGUCUUUGUGGGCAAUCAUGGGCUUGACUGUUGUCUACUGUAUUGGCGGAAUGUUCCCGUUUCUCCUCAACUGCAAGCCGAUGUCAGGGUAUUGGGACAAGACUCUUCAGCCGAAACCGGUUUGUAUGGCUUUGCCGCUGUUUAUCAAGCUCGGCGUACUUAACACUGCUCUCAAUAUCUUCACCGACGUUGUUCUUGCCACGCUUCCCGUGCCUGUUAUUUGGAACCUGCAAAUGAAACUUAGACUUCGACUUUACGUCAUUGGUAUCUUGAGUCUCGGCUACCUUGCCGUUGCCAUGGGAAUCAUCAAGGCCGUUUACCAAAUCGCAUUUGGCUCCGAUAUGGACAAAACAUACCAUUACCACAUCUUUGUCUGGGGAUUUCUCCAAAUUCAGUUCGGAAUCAUCGCGGCCUGCGCGCCUGCCCUCCGGCCCCUCGUCAGCAAGAUUCUGCGCCUCACCUCAUACGAUGACUACACGAACGAGUAUGGCAGUCGAUCACAUAUGAGCGGGACUGCAGUGCGGCACAAGCACCGCAAUACCAUGCGCAGUGGCAUGGGUCCGCGAGUAGUCAGGGAUCAGUACGAGCUGGAUGGCAGGGAGAUGGGUGAUGGAGACAGCGACGACUGCCCUAUGCCAACUGCCAAGGGAGCAACGGUGACUACGGCAAAGUUCUACAAUGACAAAACUGGGGAGGGGUCGGGCAGUGAGGAAUUGAUUCUGCAAGGUGGCACAAGGAACAGUUUCAAGGGUAUCAUGAAAACCACGGAAGUCACUGUAAAAUAG